AAAAAUAGUAUUAACACCACUCUUCUUAAUAGGGCUGCACACGCAGCGAUGUGUGUUUGUUUGCCUGUCAAUAAAAUAGAAGCAAACCGUCUGGCAACCAUAUAACUUCGCCGACAGCUGACUUCACAUGUAACCAUUUCGUUAUAAACAAGCAAUUUAAGUAACACGACAUUGGGGAAGAGCCAUGCUAGAAUUUAGUCGAAGCUUGCUGCGCUGGCGAACCCGGAGCUGUAGCCGCAGAGUCUCUACGUGGACGCCGCUGGCUAUGGCGUUUAAUGCGCCUCCGGCGAGGCGGAUUAACUUUACCCACGACGAUGUUGGCCUUUUUGGCAUGCCCGAGCUGCGAAGUUUUGAGGGUUUCUAUCUUCUGCGAGACAAUGUGGAAAGCCGGACGCAGGAGCUUAUUUCAGAGGCCAUCUCCGAUCAACGACGUCGAAAGAUGGUCGACAUUUUUGACGAGCUUUCUGACUCAUUGUGCAAGGUGGCGGACCUCGCAGAGUUUGUACGAAUUGCGCAUCCUCAGAGCAGGUACACACAAGCAGCAGAGCAGGCGUGCAUAAGCAUUUGCGGAAUGGUCGAGAGCCUUAACACGCAUAAGCCCAUCUAUAAGGCCUUAAGCCAAGUGGUGGAUCAUGGGGACAAGCUGCCCACCAGCGAAGUGGACAGGCAUGUGGCACGUUUGUUCCUUUUCGACUUCGAGCAGUGUGGGAUCCACUUGCCCGAGGAGGAACGUAUGCGUGUUGUACGGCUAAACGAUUAUAUUCUUCAGCUAGGCCAGAAGUUCAUGAGUGGAGCCGUCCAACCUAGUGUUCUUCCGAGUAGCCAAGUCCCUGAAUCCUUUCGUAACUACUUCCCUUCCUCCGGAGGAAAUGUAGUGAUCACUGGACUGUGCACAAACGCAGAGAACGUCGGGAUGCGGGAGGCUGCCUACCGGUUGUACCUGCAACCGUCGAAGAGCCAGGAGGAUCUUCUCCGAGACCUGCUUCUUUGUCGGCAUGAACUGGCGCGUAGCUGUGGCUUCGAUACAUAUGGCCACCGGGCCCUGAAAGGUAGCACGAUGGAGAAACCCGAGGUGGUCCGAGAGUUUAUCAACGAGUUGUCAGAAAAGCUGCGACCGCGCGCUAAUUCCGAUUUUGCCCGGAUGUCACAAAUGAAACGCAGCGAAGGCGGAAAGGCGGAUGCAAGAACAGAAGUUUGGGAUACACCGUAUUAUACCAACCAGCUGAGGCGGCAAUUAUUUGAGGAGCAUGCCAACGAGUUCCUGCCAUAUUUCUCCCUUGGCGGUUGCAUGGAAGGUCUGGACAACUUGCUGCAUGCGCUUUACGGCAUCCGUUUGCAAAACAUAGAUUUGAUGCCAGGCGAGGCCUGGCACAACGACAUCUACAAGCUUGCCGUAGUCCACGAGAGGGAAGGACUGCUGGGCUACAUUUACUGCGACUUCUAUGAGAGAAUGGGCAAGCCAAAUCAGGACUGCCACUUUACCAUUCAGGGCGGCAAGCGUAUGCCGGAUGGCUCCUACCAGCUUCCCGUGGUAGUUGUAAUGCUGGGUCUAGCGCAACCGCGUUGGAAGGGACCAACGCUGCUGUCACCAGCGCGAUUGGACAACCUAUUUCACGAAAUGGGCCAUGCAAUGCACUCGAUGCUAGCUCGCACCGAGCACCAGCAUGUGACAGGAACGCGCUGUUCCACGGACUUCGCUGAGGUUCCCAGUGUGCUCAUGGAGUACUUUGCGGGCGAUCCCCGUGUGCUGCGAACCUUUGCCCGUCACUUUCAGACCCACGAACCAAUUUCCGAGGAUAUGCUAAGACGCCUGUGCGCUUCCAAGAACCUGUUCGCAGCAAGCGAGACCCAACUUCAGGUGUUCUACUCAGCGCUGGACCAGGAAUAUCACGGAGCAUCGGCUAGUCAUGGCAGAAGUAGCACAGAAACCCUGCGCUCAGUACAGGAUCAUUACUACGGCCUUCCUUACGUAGAGAACACUGCGUGGCAGCUACGAUUUUCCCACCUUGUGGGCUACGGAGCCAAGUAUUAUGCCUACCUUGUUUCGAAAACAAUCGCUUCGUGGAUCUGGCAGACGUACUUUGAAGCCAACCCAUUCAACCGGCAGGCUGGUGAGAAAUAUCGCGCCGAAAUUCUUGCUCAUGGAGGAGCAGUUCCCAGCCGUAAGCUGGUGGCCAACUUUCUGCAGCGCGAGAUGACACCCAGCGUUUUGGCCGAAAGUCUUAUCAAAGAGAUUGACGCCGACGAGUCAAAAAUCAAAGACCUUAUGAUCAGCAGAAGUUAAUACAAAAAAUCAUAAAGCUGAA